CGCUUGUCAACAACUCCAUCGCUGCCUCAGCAUCCACACCUUCUUCCCAAGCCGUAAAGAUGCUCCGCCGCCAGGCCCGCGAACGCCGGGAAUAUCUCUUCAAGAAGAGCCACGAGUCGACAGAGCGCGCCAUCUACGAGCGCAAGCAGGCGAUCAAGGAUGCGCUUGCGUCCGGCCGCUCCCUUCCCACCGAGCUGAGGAACGAGGCGCGCAGCAUUGGCAAGGAUCUCGUGCUCGAUGAGGCGCAAACGGACCCCAAGUCGCACGUCGACGACGAGUACGCCAAGGUCGGGACGUACGACCCCAAGGUCGUCGUGACGACGUCGCGCGACCCGUCGUCCCGCCUCACCCAGUUCGCAAAGGAGAUGCGUCUUGUGUUCCCCAACGCUGUGCGCCUCAACCGCGGAAACACCGUCAUGAAGGAUCUCGUGCAGACCUGUCUCGCGCAGGGCAUUACCGACCUCGUCCUCGUCCACGAACAUCGCGGCGUGCCAGACGCCAUGGUCAUCUCCCACCUCCCCCACGGCCCCACCCUCAGCAUGACCCUCCACAAUGUGACGCUCCGCCACGACGUCGCUUCCUCCGACUCGACCGUGUCUGAGCAGUACCCUCACCUUAUUUUCGAUGGUUUCAGCACCAAGCUCGGCGAGCGCGUCGCUGGUAUCCUCAAGGCCUUGUUCCCCGUGCCCAAGGACGACGCCAAGCGUGUCAUGACCUUUGCCAAUGACCGCGAUUUCAUCUCCUUCCGCCACCACGUCUUCGCGAAGACGAGCCACAAGGACGUGCAGCUCGCGGAGGUCGGACCUCGCUUUGAGGCCAAGCCAUACGAGAUCCGCCAGGGCACUGUUGACCAAACUGAGGCCGACGUCGAGUGGCUUUUGCGACCCUACAUGCGCACCUCCAAGAAGCGCAACCAGCUCUAAAACAUCAACAUAUUCUCACGGCACUCUGUUGUACAUUAACACCAUGCAUGUCUACAUUGCUUCGUUGAUUCCACGCUUCCACGUGCAAGAGCGAGACAGGUUCCCCAUCCUCCAAAUGUCAACCUCACUGAACCAUCUUUCGUUAACAUGAUGUACU